GUGUUUUCUCGAAAAACAAUUACAUAUGAUAUGAUGUUCUCUCUUAUAGAUAAUAGCAUCUCAGGUUCUUCCAGUAACCUCAUUGCUGCUAACAAAGAUGACCUUGCUCGAGCUGACAGCAUCCAGGCUGUUGAAAACAUUGAGGAUGAAAGCCUACUCCCAUCCCAGAGGCAGAAACAGCAUAGUAACCUUCUGAUGGCUGAGAUAUAUGCCUGUAAUAGUGCUGUUGAAGUAUUAAACCUCUUAACUCAACAUCAGGAGGCUAUGGACAGUUAUUGUAUUCUGGCUGUUAUGAGUAGGCUGCAAGUUUUAGUUGAAAAUGGUUAUGAGACUGUUGAAAGGAUAAAUAGCCUGGAGGAGUUCUCCAACUUCUGCCAUAAACUCUGGAAGGCAAGCAGAAGAAUGGAGGUUGAUGAACAGCUAUCACUGCUAAAGUUUCUGUGUAGAAUGAAAAUUCAGUCAGAUUCCAAGAUUAUGCAAACAGUUCUGCAGGUNNNNCGACAUUCCAUUAAUGACUUGGAUUUGAGGCAGUUAAUAUAUCUGGAUUUUUUACUCAAGAAAUUGCCAUCAACCCCUCUGUCUGAUGGUCUGCUUGUUGCAGUGCCUGUGGUCAUUGAGAAUAUUCUGAAGAAUGAAAAAGUAGAAGAAUUUUCCACAAAGGACUUGUCACAGCUGCUUGCUAUCUGCAUAGAUGGAAGGAUUAAUAACAUUGGAAUCAUCUUGCAAGAAAUAUAUAGGCAUGGCACAAUCAUCUCAGCAUCCCUAGGGUUGAGUAUUCUUUGGUCUCUAGUCAUGAUGUUCAGUUCAGAUGGAAAACGGAUUGUUCUCUCCAAAGAAGAAAGUUUAGUGAGAGAAGUCCUCAUGAAAGAAUGUCUGGAAUCAAUUUCUAGAGACUUGAAAUCUUUGACUCAGCAGAAGAUAGAAACAACUCUUGAAAAAUUAUGUGAAGCACGUUGGAAGAAAGACCGUUGCACAUAUAAUGAACACUUUCUUAAUGCAGUUGCUAAACAUGCAGUAGAUGACCUAUGGGAUUUCACUGCAGUUGCUCACACUAUUAGAAGACUGUACAGAAUGAAUUUCAUCUCAGAAGAUCUGGUACAUCACAUGGUUCAUCAGGUGUUACAAAAUCCUGAAGGGGUUAUCAGAUCAAAAGUCCAAGUUUUGCCACUGUUAAUUGCACUGGGAGGCUGCGAACUUCAGCAUCUUAAUCAACGCCAAGCUCUUGAUGUUCUUGUUGAUCAUGAACAGAUAAGAAUCAAAGAGGAAAAUUAUUUCAAGAGGCCCUGGAUAAAACUGGCAAUUGAAUUGCUCUCCUUGGAUUACCAUCAUAUGCAGUUGCUAGAGUUACUGACAAAUCAAGAUUUCCUUGAGGUAUAUAUGUCGACAAAAAAGGUGCCUAUUUCAGAGUACAAAAUUUUACUCAGAAUACAUCAGGCACUGGUAACAUUUGGUCAGAAUUCUCUUCAAAUACCAGAGAAAUAUUUAGAAAAAGCAAGGACAUUUGCAAGAGAACGGCCUCCUUCAAAAUCAGAUCUGAGAGUUAGACUUCAUCAAAUUCUUAACAGACCGGAUCAUCUUGUGUCUAGUGUGGUCACAAACAAUGAUAUUUAUAUUGACCAUCUUUUGGCAAUUGAUGAUGAAGGAAAUACUGUUAAUAUCGAGCACAAAAAUCCCGAUGCCUUUGGUAAUAUCAGUAUCAGUUCUCUGCAGAUACCAGACAACACUAAAAGGAUUGCAUUGAUGGACAUUGGUUCAUCACAUGUUUUUGGACCAGGUUAUCGUUUGAAAGGAUAUAUAAAGCUUGAA